AACGGAGAGAGAGGAAUAUAGUUGCGUUACGUAGACGCGCGUGAGGUGUGAAAUUGUUCCCAGGCCCACACUCCAUCCACUCUGCUACUACAAGUACGCUUCGAACGUAACGCUGAUUAGCAACAUCAUCAUCGUCAUCUACAACUAGUAACAAAGAUCCAACAAGCAGAUCAAUCUCUCUCUCUGUCUCCCAAUCAAAACAGACAUGGGUUUGAAGGAGGAUUUUGAGCAGUAUGCUGAGAAAGCAAAGACUUUGCCACCGACUCAAUCAAACGAAGACUUGCUUAUCCUUUAUGGAUUGUACAAGCAGGCCACCGUUGGACCUGUCAACACCAGCCGUCCGGGAAUGUUCAACAUGAGGGACAGAGCUAAAUGGGAUGCAUGGAAGGCUGUUGAAGGGAAAUCCAAGGACGAAGCAAUGAGUGAUUACAUCACUAAGGUGAAACAGCUGCUGGAAGCAGCCGGCAUGCCUGCUUGAUAACAUUGUCAUGCCUUGCUUUCUUAUUCUGUGCUAGAAGUUCCCAACAGUUUGGAAAUAAACAAUUGCAGUGUUUGAAGCUUUUAUUAUCAUAAUCUUAUUUAUUUCUGAUGAUUUAGACAUGUUGCUUUGAGUUCAGUUAUCUGUAUCACUAUUAUUUGAAAUGCCUGUAGACAGAUGCAGAGGACCUGAAAAUUUCUGUCAACUUUUUACUUAAGUUGCUUGAUUCGCACUUUCCCUCUCAACUCUCGGUGAUAUGAAUCUAAAUUUCAUUAGAUGCUUGA